AUGCAAAGACCAGUUUCCGCAAACCAACGGCAAAACUAUCCGCUCCCUGCUUUCGCAAACAGGCUUCCGCAUACGAACAAUUCCGCAUCUCCUACGUCCAGCCCAGGUCCGGGCAUCAACGCAGCUAUGUAUCCAUACCUUCAAGGUGGCCCGCGCAUGAUGGGCUCCUUCCCAGGUAUGCCGCAAUCACAACAAGGUGGUGCUGGUGCCUUUCCAUUCGGCGGAUCAGGGUCCAAUAACACGACAGGUGCAGCGAGUUUGGCAUCGCAAUUGGCUGGGCUCUCAGGCCAAUCGGGAGGGCAGUCGCAAGGGCAAGGUCAAGGAGGCGAGCUCAAUCUCAGUGAUUUCCCAGCAUUGGGAGGAGGCCAGGCUCAGCAAGGUGGCGCGCCCGGCCUUGGCGGUCUCAACCAACCUCUGUCAAGCUAUGCGACUCAGGCUGGCACUGGUGGCGUAACAGCGGCCCUUCGUGGCGGUGCGCCGUUGCGCAACUUCAACCAGGACGAGUUUCCAGCACUCAACCAGACAAGCUCGACAGAUGGACGCACCGGUGACGAUGGGUUCCCGCGCGGAGUCGCAGAACAGGUUUCAGCAGCAGCAGCACUUCAGCACCAACAUCAGCAACGCGAACAGCACAGACAGAGCAUGUUGGGGUCCGUAGUCGGUGGCGGUGCACGAACCGAUGCAUCCUUGUCAGCAGCGAGAGGUGGAUUUGGCGAGCCGGACCGCAACUACGCCACCAAGCUCGGCGCAGGACCACCUGGACCAGGAUUGGGUGUUCAGCAACAGACGUGGGCGCCACCAGGCUCGCUCUUCGGCGGCGGCAACAAUGGAGUGGCAGCACCGAAUCAGCUCAACGGGCUCCCGCGCUCGUCUUCGCCCUCUUCGGCACGAUCGCCGCUGUCGAGCGUCCGCAACGCAGCUGGCAACCUCGGCGCAUCUUCACCUUUGACCGACAACGCUUCGAUUCGGGGUGACGCGAUCCAGGGUGCGGCCGGCUCCCAAAGUCUCGGCCAGACGGGUGCGAUGGCGCGAACACCUGCGCAGCAGAUUCUCACCUCGCCAGCGGAUCGGUUCGGGUUGCUUGGUCUGCUAUCGCUGAUCAAGUCGUCGGAUCCGGAUCUGUCGAUGUUGUCCAUGGGAGUGGAUCUGCAAACGUUUGGUCUCAACUUGAACCAGUCGGAUCCGCUGCAUCCGUCGUUCAUCACGCCCUGGUCAGAAAACAACAUGCUGGCUUCGUCGAGGGUUGAGCCCGAGUUCACCUUGCCGUCGUGCUACAACGUGCAGCCUCCGCCGCCUGCGCAGAGCAAGAUUGCGUCGUUCUCGGACGAGACGCUGUUCUUCAUCUUCUACUCGACACCGCGCGACGUGCUGCAGGAGGUGGCGGCGCAGGAGCUGUAUGCGCGCAACUGGAGGUACCACAAGGAGCUGCAUGUGUGGUUGACCAAGGAGCAGAACACGGAGCCCUUGCAAAAGACGCCGACGUACGAGCGCGGGACCUACGUGUUUUUCGACCCCUCCGUCUGGGAAAAGGUGUCGAAGAACUUCCAUCUCAUGUACGAGAUGCUGGAGGAGAAGGUUCCCAGCCAGGCACAGGCGCUGGCGGCUCAAGCAGCGGCCCAGCAGGCAGCGGCGGUUGCGGCGGCUCAACAGCAACAGCAGCAGCAGCAGAGACCACCGUCGCAGCAGCAGCAACAGCAGUCCCCGUCGCCUGCGCCGCAGCAGCAGCAGUCGUCGUAA